AUGCCGUCUGCCAAAACAGAGGACGACAUUCAGUCUUUAACAUUUGUUCCAAACAGACAACACAAAAGAAUUAAAAAAAAAAAAAUGGCCAUCAAGUUGGUUAUCGUUCUCGCACUUUGCGCUGUUGUGAAUGCCGGUGUUGUCGUGCCCGCUGCUGCUCCCGUAGCUGUGGCUCCUGCUACUGUGGCCGUGGAGGAAUACGACCCCCACCCGCAAUACAAAUAUGGAUAUGAUGUGCAAGACAACCUGUCUGGUGAUUCCAAAGGUCAUGUGGAGGAACGUGAUGGCGACGUAGUGCGUGGUGAAUACUCUCUAAUCGAUUCUGAUGGUUUCAGACGUGUCGUCACUUACACUGCUGAUCCAAUUAACGGUUUUAAUGCUGUCGUACGUCGUGAACCAUUGGUUGCCCCCGUUGUUGCCGCACCUGCACCUGUUGUACGUGCUGCCCCAGUAGUUGCAGCGCCAGUAGCUGCGGCCCCUGUAGUCAGAGCCGCACCAUUGACUGUCGCUGCGCCAGCCGCGCCUGCUUUUGCAUACAGCCGUUUUUAGAGAAUUAGAGUGUUAAUUGAAAUAUUGUUUUGAUAUUGGAAGAAAUAAAUGUGAUCUUUAUAUACCUUAAGUAAAAUACAUUGCAUUCAUUUUA